AUGAUUCAUGUAACACCAAAUUUAAGUGAAUUUGCAUGUCGUCUCUUGUCUGUUCCACCCAAUUCUGCAACUUCUGAACAAGCUGCAAAAAUGGCACAAGUUUUUUGGUAUAUAAACCAAAAAUCUAAACAGGACAAAGAAAAAUCUAAAAUUUUAAAUGAAUCAACAUCAAAUAAUAUGGAAGAAAAGAAUUUAGACAAUAAUGAUAAUGAUGAUGGUAUAAAUGAAGAUUGUGAUGUGGACAAAUUUAUUGAUAACUUAAAUCAAAUAUCUGCUGGAUUAAUAGAUGAUCUUUAUGUUUUUGAUACAAAUCAUGAAGGAACUAUUCCAAAACUUGUAGAUGUUUUUAAUUCUAAAA